AUGGAGCGAAAGUGGGAGGCCGAGGACCUCGAUCUCCGGCUCUCGCCGUAUGGAGUCGUCGCGACUGGCGACGAGGUGGGCUUCAUCGAGAUCGUGCUCAAUUCGAACACGACGGCAAAUAUCACAAAGGAGUACGGCGGCGGCGCAUCCGGCGCGUUUGCAAAGGAGCCGAUGGCACACUAUUUGCGCGAGCACAACAAGAGCGAGCGCGAGUAUGCCGCGGCCGUCGAGACCUUUGCGCACUCGCUCGCGGGCUACUGCGUCGCCACAUACGUGCUCGGCAUCGGCGACCGGCACAAUGACAACGUGAUGCUCUCCAAGAAUGGCCACCUCUUCCACAUCGACUUUGGCCAUUUCCUGGGCAACUACAAGUCCAAGUUUGGGAUUAAGCGCGAGCGGGCCCCGUUCGUCUUCACCCCAGACUUCGCUCGUGUCCUCGGCGACAAGGGCCACAGCGACUACGAACACUUCGUAGCCCUCUGCUGCCGAGCGUACGGCAUUCUACGCGGACACAGCCACGAGUUCAUCACGCUCUUCCAGCUGAUGCUAUCGACGGGCAUCCCCGAGCUGCAGCGGGCCGAAGACAUCUUCUGGGUGCGCGACUGCCUUCGGCUCGGCAAAUCGGAGACUCAGGCGACGGCCCACCCAGCGGCGGAACACUUUACGAAGCUGAUCUCCGCCGCGCUCAGCUCGCGCACAACGCAGGUGAACAACGCGGUUCACAUCAUUGCACACUCUUAG